ACUGCCCAGCAACCGGAGUCAGGCUCUGUAAACCGCACGAGUUUUGUGAACGUGGCUUGAAUGUCAAACAUUCCCGCAGUUGUAAAGAAGAAUAAAGGUGCUCUCCGAUCGAUGUGAACCAUUCUAAAGUUGAAUCACGGCUAUCUUGACAUCAUCUGUGGGAUACUGAAGAAUUAUUGAAAAUGUCAAUAUGUGUAAUCAAAAAAUAAUUAAUUGGAAAGUGGCGGCAAAUAAUUACAGCUAUCAUUGAAACAACUAUAUGAAACAUAUUAUCAAGCGUAACAUAAAAUAAAAAGAGAACAAAUGAGGCAAAAAGUUUUUAAAUAAAAGUAAACCAAAUGAUCUAAAGUGAUUUGUUUAAAAAUGAUGAAAUAAGAAACCAUUCCUAAGAAAAAAAUCUCUACUACAAAAAGUCCAAAGCAAAUAAUAUAUGGUAAAGAAUCUAACCAAAAUUCAAAUUCUAUAAAAUGGAGAAUGUGUUAUAAAUCUAUAAUACUUAACAAUAUAAUAUCAGCUUUAUAAAGGAUAGCCGAGCCCGCCUGUGAACGAUUGGAUAAUCUUCUCAUUAAAGAUUUCAUCUAUGAACUUUCGUAUGAUAGAAAUGUGUCUGAACCUGAAAACAAAUUAAGGGCAUAAAAUUCGACAGAGAUCGAAUAUCUUGUAUCAAAUUGAAUCUUAUAUUCGAUUUAGACUGACAAAAAGUUCCUCAUUAACUUAAUCCACCUUAUCUAGUAUGGAUAAAUUGUUAAUGUUAAUAUUUUGAAAUGAAUUCAGAUAUUAAAAAUUGUCUCCCAAGCAAGGAGAAAAUAAGAAAAACUUAAAAAAGUGGCGUCCAAUAUCAGACCAACUCGUACAUUAACGUAGGACUUUCACUCUCCAUUGAAGAAUAAGUGGUCGAAGGCCACUAAACUUGCUGUCAUCUGAAGAACCACCUGCGACAGAAGGCUGCGUCUUUGUAAUGGAGUCGCGCCUGGCAUGGAAGAGAUACACCUCAUACCCACAACCCCUUCGUCAUCGUGUGGUGCUUAUUGGAUGGGCUCUAAUAUGGACUAUGUCCCUAAACUCUGUAUUCUGUGGAGAAAAAUUGGCUUUAUUGUCGGCCACUUUGCGCACAUAUCAAAAAGCGGCAUGUGACUCGGAUCAAGUGGUUAUAGCAUGUCCCCGUGGUACUAGUAUUUCAAUCGAGUUUGCCCAGUACAAUAAGUUUGUUGCGAAAGACGGCUACAGUAUUGAAGAAUUAUGUCCUGGGUCUGGGGAAAUAAGAUCGGAAAUCCGGGGUAGAACAAAGCACCUUCUUCGCGGAUCGAUCUUUGGCUCACCCGCACUUAAAACACCGUCUAGCAAAUACGUGAAUGCUGGCCACUCCCUUGCAGUCUCAGUACAACCUGUUCCUGAAUCCAACAGCAGCAGUUCCGAAUCAAUUUCAAGCAUGUCCCCUUCAGUUGAUGAUAUUCAAAGUACUGAUUACACUACUGACAACGCUUCCGAGAACUGCAUGUGGCCAAAUGCAUUACAGUACUCCUUACUGCAAACUGUCGUCGAGGCCUGCCAAAAGAAGAAGCACUGCAAGUUCCAUGGAUCCCCAGAAUUCUACGGCCAGGGCUCCAGCGGUGUGGGCGACUCGUCUGGAACCAGCAGCUAUCACAGCAGCACAGCCAGCUCCAAUGCAAAAAGCAGCGAUCCUUGUCCCAAGCGCAAAAAAAUUGUCGAAGUCGCUUACAAAUGUCGCCCAUAUGAGUUCCGGAGUAAGGUUGCUUGUCACAAUGAUGUAGCACAACUAGAGUGCAAUCCGUACUCCCGUAUAGCCGUAUAUAGUGCCAGCUUUGGAAGAACCGAGUACGAGAGCAUUCAGUGUCCCCAACCGCAAGGAGUUCGAGAAGAAACUUGUCUCGCUUCAUAUGCCACGGAGACUGUAAUGCAAAUUUGCCAUGGUAGACGUCGAUGCAACCUUGCAGCCGACGCAAAUACUUUUGGCAGCCCUUGCCAACCGAAUUCCCGAAUGUACUUGAAAGUUGUUUAUACGUGCGUGCCCAAGCAAGUCCUUAAAGAAAACAAGGCGUUGGAAGUGGAGGCUGACGAACCUGAAGAUUUUGGAGGUGAUCUGAAUGACCUCUACGACGAUGAGCUUAUCUAUAAGGAGUCCGAGGCAAUACCCAAACUGUACAGCAAUACAACAACGACAGUACGCCGAAACGGUACCAGAUCACUAGGGUUCGAAUUCAGCGUUAAUUCUGCGAACAAUCAGAGCAUGACAAACAGUUCUCUGGUAGUCGAAGGCGAUAGGAGUGGCGUCAAUCCUGUCAUGACGCACAGUGCCGAUUUAAGUCUAGAAGAGGACCAAGAACGUCUCUAUUUUUAUCUUCUUGUCCUGGUUUCACUCGGAGUGCUAAUUUCCAUUGCCAUCUUCGGGACUAGGAUAGCGCUUCAAAAACACCGUCUGAUAACAGAAACGCUCUCCAGCUCCUUGGCAAAAACAACGAGACGGGCAGUUGAGGAAACAACUAUUCCAAGCGGCUUUAAUGACACCAUUUCCGAAAUAGACGCUGAAAUCGACCUUAAAACUACACUUCCUUUACCCAGCUUGUCCAAAGAGAAUUACUUGACUUACGCACCAACAAGCAGUCUGUACGCCGAUCUCCCCUGUAACCAGCUGGUCUCAGCGUGUAGUCCAGGAUCUGCCGCCGGGCAAAUAGGAAAACCGCACAUGGUUGGGUCUCGUCAAUCACCCGACCUUAUUGGCAUAACACCCGGACCUUUUGUGACUACAAGUAUGGCGGGCUUAGGCGGUCCGAUGUCUGGGAUGGUGACGUCGGCUAUUGUGAUUGGAGAUUCUACGCCCAGUAGUAGUUCCUUAGGCACUAUGAUACCUAUCACCCAGUACACAACUGCUCCAACAAUCAGAGGCGGGUACGUCAUAAGUGCUGAGAACAUGGGUGUAAUUCAGCGGGCGAAUAACACGCCUACCCCAUUAAACUUGCUGUCCGGGAGCACGCCAGAACAUCCCCCGCAAGCCGGACCGAUAAUCUCGGCGGGGGCCAUGACUGUAACUCCACAGGCCCAUGGGCCUAUAUCGGCUGGGGGCGCAUCAAAACUGCGGCGUGUAAAGCCACCUUUUUUGCAGCCACAGCUUUCUUAUGAUGGCACUGCACCACGGACUCUCUCCACCGGAGUAGCUGUUGGCUCGCAGUUUUAUUAUGGAUGACACAGCACACUGGACUGUGACCCGUUUGUGUACACCACAGCUUUAGAUAUGGCACCAUCAACAUCCAGUACUCAGAAAACAGGGGAGGAGUUAGAUCGAGCAAGCUUAAAAAAUGGUGUUGACGCGUCUUAGCCAUCGGCGUCGGCAUUCGCAAGUUGCCCUAGGUUGCAAAAUUUCGAGCUAAGCAACAAGGCCAGUUCUUUCAAAACCGCAACAAGUGUUUUACAAUCCCAGCCAAAUCCAGACUGUGGAAAGGAUUGAAAAGGAUCCUACCCAGCAAGCACACUGUUGUUUUCAACAUAAAAGAAAUAUUGGCACCCGCGUGUAUCUAAUAAAUAAAUGUUGUUUCCAAAAAAAAAACAUUAUUUUCAAAAUGUCGAUGGUACUAAAAACGGAAAAUAAUAGGUUGUCUUCCGACAGCCGAGAGGAGCCGGCAACCAUAUACAAAUACAAGUUUAUAUUUCACUAGUGUGAGAGUCUUCCGUAUUUCGAUCAGACAUUAAUAGCAGAAAAUAUGAGAAUACAUAAAAUUUGGACAAAAAAGUAGUCUCCGGAGAAUAAUUUUGAGAAUGCACGGAACGAAAAGUUCACAAGCAUAUGUAAAUCAAAUUGUAGGGAUGCGGUAUUUGAAUGCUACGGUGCCUCAACGUCCUGAAUAAAAACACCACUCCUUAUCGGCCAGCAUAAUAAAAUUUGCGCCAAAGUAUAAUACAUUUUCAUUGUUAAAUCGGAAACUAUGCAGUUGACGGCAGAAAGGUGGUAAAGUUAGUUUUAGGCCCUGCGCAUUUGGAAAACCUGUAUAUUGGGGAUAGUAAUUCUUAUAUAAAAAGUUAGGAACAAAGUGAAUAUAUGCAGUGUGCAUCUGCAUAGUUGCAUUCAAUCUUCGGUUUAAUGUCAUUAAAAUAUUUAUCAAUAAGUUUUAUUUAGACGUGGUUUGGGUUGAGGUUUACUUUUAAUGUCAAGUGCCUUCCUCAUUACAUUUAAGUGUAAAGUAGCCGUAAAAAUACCAAACCAUUGAAACGUAUGUUUGCUAACGUGUAAAAAAUAGAGCAGCAGUCAAUAUUGUUCGGAUAAAAGCAAACCCGAAAUUACAGGAACAGCUAUCUACAGUUAUACAUAAAAAAAUAAUAAUGUUUGAAACAACCAAUUUCCGGAUGUCCAAAGUUCUCAAAAGAACGCUCAAAAGAACUUGUAUUGAGGGUACACUUCUAGCCAAAAAAUAUGAAUAUAUAAUUGGUACUCGUGUGUGAAAACGGUGAACCAAAUAGAUAAAAAUUAACUCAAAAACAAUGCAUAAAGCCAUGUUAAUUAAUUUAAUUAGAUUUCCCUACGCUUAAGAAUCAUUCAAUAAUGCAAUCCAUAAAAUAAAUAAUAGAUUAAAAAAGUCAAAAAAUUAUCGGUAGAAUAAGUAUACAUAGUAAGUAAUAUGGUUUCUGUUGUCUCUUUUCCCCCUACAAGUAUGAAUUCUACAUUUUAUACGAUUCAUUUAAAAUAAAAAAAACUAUACAUGAUUAUAAAAA